GUGAAAUACGUGGUGGAGAUCGCGAGAGCCCUGGCGUCCAUGCCUCAGGUGUACCGUGUGGAUCUGCUCACACGCCAGAUCGUUGCUCCUGGGGUGGACUGGUCGUAUGAAGAACCAUCCGAGAUGAUCAGCUCCCUGCGCUACGAUCCGGAUGGGCUGAUAGCGGGGGGAGAGCGUGGGCGCCUACAUCAUCCGCCUGUCGUGCGGCCUGCGCGGCCAGCACCUGCGCAAGGAGGCGCUGUCGAUUGGUCAUACGGAGAACCCUCAGAGAUGCUGAGCUCUCUCCGCUACGACCCCGACGGGCUGAUAGCGGGGGAGAGCGCGGGCGCGUACAUCAUCCGCCUACCCUGCGGGCCACGAGACCAGUACCUGCGCAAGGAGGCGCUGUGGCCGUACGUGGACGAGUUUGUGGACGGGGCUCUCACGCACAUCAUGCACAUGUCCCGGGAACUGGCGGAUCAGAUCGGGGAUGGACAGCGCGUGUGGCCGUAUAUGAUCCACGGGCACUAUGCAGACGCAGGAGACAUUGCAGCGCUGCUCUCAGGCCAGUACCUGCGCAAGGAGGCGCUGUGGCCCUACGUGGACGAGUUUCUGGACGGAGCUCUCACGCACAUCAUGCACAUGUCGAGAGAACUGGCUGACCAGAUCGGUGAUGGGCAGCGCGUGUGGCCCUACAUGAUCCACGGGCACUAUGCCGAUGCUGGGGACAUAGCCGCACUGCUCUCAGGUGGGUGCUGUUGUGCAAUCGUGUUUGUCAUCCCUCCUGCGUUUGUCUGUCCAGGACGUGCCCAUGUUCCUUACUGGCUACUCCCUUCCGAACAAGUCAGAGCAGCUGCUGAAUCAGCACCUUCCCAUUCUCCCCCCCUCCCCUCCUCACCCUCCGGCCCAACCUGUCCAGGUGCACUGAACGUUCCCAUGGUCCUGACCGGCCAUUCCCUGGGGCGCAACAAUCUGGAGCAGCUGCUGAAGCAGAAACUUCCCUCUCCUCCUCCCCCCCCUCUGCCCCCACCCGCCCCCACCUGCCCCAAUCCCUCCAGGUGCAUUGAACGUGCCGAUGGUGCUGACAGGCGACUCCCUGGAGCGCAACAAGCUGGAGCAGCUGCUGAAUCAACACUCUCCCCCUUCCUUCUUCUCCUCCCUUGCCCCCCUGCCCCAAUCUUUCCAGGUGCACUGAACGUCCCGAUGGUCCUAACGGGCCACUCCCUGGGGCGCAACAAGCUGGAGCAGCUGCUGAAGCAGGGCCGCAUGAGCCGCGCGGAGAUCAACACGCAGUACGCCAUCGACCGGCGCAUCGAAGCCGAGGAGUUUUCUCUCGAUGCAGCAGAGCUGGUGGUGACGAGCACGCGGCAGGAGGUGGAGGAGCAGUGGGGGCUGUACGAUGGCUUUGACGUGCGCCUGGAGAGGGUGCUGCGCGCCCGGCAGCUCCGAGGGGUCAGCUGCCACGGCCGCUUCAUGCCGCGCAUGGCGGUGAGUACACAUGAGUGCACGGGUUACAGGGGGUUUAGGAUAGACGCAGAGGAGUUCUCCUUGGAUGCAGCAGAGCUGGUGGUGACGAGCACGCGACAGGAGGUGGAGGAGCAGUGGGGGCUGUAUGACGGCUUUGACGUGCGCCUGGAGAGAGUGCUGCGCGCCCGGCAGUUAAGGGGAGUCAGCUGCCACGGCCGCUUCAUGCCCCGCAUGGUGGUCAUCCCCCCAGGAAUGGAUUUCUCGAAUGUGGUCGUCCCAGAUAUCGACGGCUCUGAUUCGCCCGGGCCUGAGCCUCCCAUCUGGGCCGAGGUGCGCAAGUUCUGGUCCAACCCGCACAAGCCCAUCAUCAUGGCCCUGCCCGACCCCACCUGCCCCCUUUUUUUUUCCCCCCGCAUAUAUAAACCCUCUCCCUCCCCCUCUUCCCCCCACGCAGGUCCGCAAGUUCUGGUCCAACCCGCACAAGCCCAUUAUCCUGGCCCUCUCGUCAUCCCUCCCUGUUCUCCCCAUCUGUUUCACCCCCACCACCCACCCCCCGGUCCCCCUUUAACUCCCCCCCUGCCGUCCCCCACACAGGUGCGCAAGUUCUGGUCCAACCCACACAAGCCCAUCAUCCUUGCUCUCGCUCGUCCCGACCCCAAGAAGAAUCUCACCACGCUCGUGCGCGCCUUCGGGGAGUGCCAGGCUUUAAGAGACCUCGCCAACCUGUGUCUGGUGAUGGGCAACCGCGACGACAUUCAUGCAAUGAGUGCGGGCAACGCUGAGUGCCUCGUGAUGAGCAAUCACGACGACAUCGACUUCAUGAGUGUGGGCAACGCCGCUGAGUGCCUGGUGAUGGGCAAUCGCGACGACAUUGACGCCAUGAGUGCGGGCAACGCUGAGGUGCUGACGACAGUGCUCAAGCUGAUAGACAAGUACGACCUGUACGCGGUGCUGAAGCUGAUAGACAAGUACGACCUGUACGGGCAGGUGGCAUACCCCAAGCACCACAAGCAGGCGGAGGUGCCCGACAUCUAUGCCCUCGCUGCCAAGUCCAAGGCUGAAGUGCCGGACAUCUACGCCCUCGCUGCCAAGUCCAAGGUGUGCAGAACGGUGAUCCAGGCAGCGGUGCUGAAGCUGAUUGACGAGCGUGACAUGUACGGCCAGAUGGCCUACCUCAAACACCUGGCCUACCUCAACACCUGGCCUACCUCAACACCUGGCCUACCUCAACACCUGGCCUACCUCAACACCUGGCCUACCUCAACACCUGGCCUACCUCAACACCUGGCCUACCUCAACACCUGGCCUACCUCAACACCUGGCCUACCUCAACACCUGGCCUACCUCAACACCUGGCCUACCUCAACACCUGGCCUACCUCAACACCUGGCCUACCUCAACACCUGGCCUACCUCAACACCUGGCCUACCUCAACACCUGGCCUACCUCAACACCUGGCCUACCUCAAAACACCUGGCCUACCUCAAAACACCUGGCCUACCUCAAAACACCUGGUUACAAACAUUCUCACUCGUGGAGCCGUUCGGCCUCACUCUCAUCGAGUCCUCCUUGGUGGUGCUCUCUUUCCUUCCCUCUGCCUCUCUUUCCCUCCGGUUUAUUCUUCCCGUCCAUUCGUCCCCUUUCACACCACAGGCAGCAGCGCACGGGCUGCCCAUGGUGGCCACUAAGAACGGCGGACCAGUUGACAUCCAGAAGAUGCUGAGCAACGGGCUGGUGGCGAAUCCACAUGACGCCAACGCCCUGAUGCUGAGCAACGGGCUGGUGGCGAAUCCACAUGACGCCAACGCCCUGAUGCUGAGCAACGGGCUGGUGGUGGAUCCACAUGAUGCCAACGCACUGGCAGAGGCGCUGCUGCAGCUGGUGGCAGACAGAGCGCUGUGGACCGAUUGCAGGAAGUCAGCUCUGGCCAACAUUCACAAGUACUCCUGGCCGCAGCUGGUGGUGCCGGACAGGGCGCUGUGGACCGAUUGCAGGAAGUCAGCUCUGGCCAACAUUCACAAGUACUCCUGGCCGCAGGUGGGUGGUCUGGCCGCAGGUGUCUCAUCACUCCCCUUCUCCCUUUCCCCUUUUCCCCCUUUCCCCCUUUCCCCCUUUCCUUCCCGCUUCUCCUCCCCUACCUCCCCCAACUCGACUCUCCGAAUUUCAUCUUUCUUCCCUUCUGCUCCACUUCGCCCCUCGCCCCUUCCCCUCUCACCCCCCUCUUUUCCUACCCCUCCUCCCAAGCAGCACUGCGCCUCACUCCUGACCCGUGUGGCCCAGUCGCGUCUGCGCCACCCAGUGUGGAGGGCAGCAGCACUCUUCGACCAGGUCGCUGCCUCUGCUACCCGAGCAAUCCACAUCUCCUCUUCCCCUUCACCCCUUGCCCCUUAUUUCCAACAGCACUGCGCGUCACUCCUCACCCGAGUCGCCCAGUCGCGUCUGCGCCACCCAGUGUGGAGGGCAGCAGCACUCUUCGACCAGGUCGCUGCUGCCGCCUCUUCACACUGCGCCUCUCUGUUAACCCGCGUGGCCCAGUCGCGUCUGCGCCACCCAGUGUGGAGGGCAGCAGCACUCUUCGAUCAGGUCGCUGCCGCCACCUCCUCCACCCACCCCUCCACCGGCCUGCACUCCGAAUCCCUCCGGGACAUUCAAGACCUCUCCCUGCGCCUCUCCUUCGACGGCAAGUUCUGGGGCGGAGGGUCCUUCCAAGGAGGGUCUUUCCAGGGAGGCUCUAUGGACCUCUCUUUCAUGCUGGAUAACCUCGGGGUUAUCCGGCCCGACGGCCGGUCCGCUAGUGGUUACGCGGCUGAGCCUUCUCAUGCCGCUGGUGGUGGUGGUUUUGGUGGUUCUGGUGGUCUUGGUGGGGGGGAGGGGCUGGGAGAAGGAGCAGCGUUGGGGAUUCACAACAGGCUGGGGAAUUACUCGUUUACUGGGGGUAUGGGGUCGGAGAGUAUUGGGAGGUACCGGGAAGGGGUGGGCGGGUCGGGGAGACUGCAGGGGAUGCAGGAGGAAGGGGAGGACGGAGGAGCAGGGGCUGGGGCUGGAGAGAAAGGGUCGGCAGCAGGAGCGGCGGCAGCAGCGGCGUUUGAGGGGCUCCGGCUGAGGAGGCGGCGGCGGCUGAUCGUGGUCGCUGUGGACGAAUACGACCCCGUUGGGCGGCCGGGUUCGUCUGUUCUGGACUCUCUGUGCGCCGCCCUGGAGGUGGCAUACCGGCACAACACGGGAACGUUAAGGGAGCGCGUUGUAUGGGGUAUGGGGCCGGGCGGGGAGAUUGGUGUGGUGCUGUCGACGGCACUGACAGCCAGAGAGACGGUGGCAAUGCUGACAGCAGCAGGAGUGGGGCUGAGGCAGCUUGAUGCGUUGAUAGCAGGGGGAGGGAGCGAGGUGUACUACUCUGUACCGUGCUCCACCGCAUCGGAACUUGGAGCAGCAGCAGCUGGGGGAACAGGAGCGGGAGCAGGAGCGGGAGCGGCGGCAGGAAUGGCAGCAGGUCUGGUAUCAGCCAUGGCUCCUCUGGAGGAUCGGGAAGGCUGGCAGUUGCUUCCCGAUCCGGACUAUUUCGCGCAUAUUGAAUACCGGUGGAGCGCUGACGGUGUACGCCGGUCCAUGGGACGAAUCCUGGCGCACGCUAUAAAGGGUACAGCAUCGGGUGGGGCUGCCAGUGCUGCCACCACUCCUGUGGCAGGCUCUGGCGGUGUUUUCCCUCCUCCUGCCGCUGCUCUCUCUGCUGCUGCUGCUGCUGCUGCUGCUGGGAAUGGUGCUGCAGCUGCUGCCGGUAACGGGGCUGCUACUAACGAGGAGGAGUAUGUCCGCUCAAUCUCCUUCUCAGACGGGCUGACAGCAAUCGCCUCUGAGCCUGCAGCUCCCUCCACCCACUCAGGCAUCCCUGGGAGCAAGAGCGUGACUGGCAGCAGGCUGGGGGGUGCAGGGGCGGGAUCGAGAGGGGUGAGGGGGGCGGUGGGGAGCGGGCUGCUGCUGCAGCAGCAGCAGCUGCUGGCGGUGCAGCGCGUGUGUGUGGAGGAUGAGAUGAGAACCACGUCCCGGCGGCUGGCUUACCGAGUGCUUGACAUCGCACAGAUGCCCACAGCAGCUGACUUGCGGCGCCGCCUGCGCCUACGUGGCUUGAGGUGCCACGUGGGCUACUGCCGUGCCGCCACAUGUCUUCACAUCCUGCCGCUCCACGCCUCUCGCUCACAGGCCCUCAGGUACCUCUGUGUCCGCUGGGGAUUGGAGCCUGCUGACCUGGCAGUCGUCGUCGGCAGUCCAGCUGGCGCUGACGGGGAUUACGCGCAGCUGCUCUCCGGCAUGCACCACACCCUCAUUCUGGAGCCUCCCCCUGCUGACGUGGCACAGCACCAAGGAGCAGCAGCAGCAGCAGCAGCAGCAGCAGGGAUGGAUCCGUUUGCAGAGUACAGGAGGAAGCUGCUGCAUGAGUUUGUGCCGCGCAGUGACGUGCAUCUGCCCAACCUGGUGAACGUGGAGGAUUCGUCAGAGGACAAAGUCAGUGCUCUCGCUGGAGCCUUGGAGAAGAUAGGCUUUGCAUAA